AUGCAGAUCCCGAAAACCCACAAGGCCGUGGGUUAUGACAAACCGGGCGAUAUUAUCAUUCGCGCUACUGAAUUGAAUACUCCAGCCCCGGGUCUGAGUAAAAUUCUGGUCAAGAUAUAUGUCAAGCUGCUGGCUGCCAUUUGUACUCAUUCUGGAGUAUGUCAUUCCGACCUUAGCCCCAUGACUAAUAAAGUAAAUUUUCCAUUCGCUUGUCCUAGACAAAUCUGCGUUGACGCUUAUUUCUUUUUCCUUCCUAACUUCAUCGCGUCAUUAGUGGAGUUAGCGCUCGUGAAAAGCGGGCAGGUUGGUGGUCAAGAAGGCGUGGGCGUUGUGGCUCAACUGGGCCCGUUUAACCGCGUAGGCUUCAGGUGGGUCGCGUCCAUUUCUGGCAACUGCACGCCAUGCUUGACCGAUGCAGACGAGGUGUCCGGCUAUACGCCUGAGGUGGUGUUACGGUUUCCUCGGACCUCAAAAAGAGCAGGGCCCGAGCUAGGGAUUAGGUGGCCAUUGCUUGGGCUGGCGGUGAGACCGAAAGAAUCCUUUGUCAAGGAAUGUUGCGCUGAGGCUUUCAUAGACAUCACCAAGUCAUCCACAGGAAGCAGGGGGAUUAAAGAUCAAAUCCUGACAAUCGUUGGCGGUAUUGGUGCCACAGCAGCUAUAGUGUGUAGCACCAAUAACGCUGCAUAUCCGCUGAGCUUUAAGGAAGUAUAA